AUAUAUUGGUAGAUAUAUUGGUAGAUAUAUUGGUAGAUAUAUUGGUAGAUAUAUUGGUAGAUAUAUUGGUAGAUAUAUUGGUAGAUAUAUUGGUAGAUAUAUUGGUAGAUAUAUUGGUAGAUAUAUUGGUAGAUAUAUUAGUAGAUAGAUUGGUAGAUUUAUUGGUGGAUAUUUC